AUGGCAGGAGGCCGUGGGAAAAGUCUUAUGAGUCAAGUUGCCGGUAAAGGCAAGAGCUUAAUGAAAGCCUUGAGCGGGAAGGGGGACAAUCCGGAAGAUCCGGAUCGCAUUGGAGACCGAGAUGUCCUUGCUUCCGCCCGUAGAAGAAAGCAGUUAGCUCGAGAAGCAACGUUACAGCGGGAAGAAGAGAGACUGAGACGAGAAGCUGUUGCAGCUGGAGCCGAACCCUGUGGACCUACUCGCGAUCUCCAGCUAGCUCGUAGUACAUUGCCACAUGCCGACGACGAUAAUGACCACAACAACAAUCCCGAUAAUAUGGAUACCGACGAGGAGAUGGAGGAAAAUGAUGGGCCAGCAGAUGCAUUUCAGGAUCGUAGAGGUGGUCGUGCCUUACCCUUUCCGCAGCUGCUUGGUCCGGCGUACUUGGAGGGUCCGUGCGAGGGAGGGCCGCAAAAUUUAGAGUUUAUGCGACGGUUCAAGUCGCAUAUAGCGAUGUACAUUUGGGAAGGAUAUGAGCGCCGUGAAACUACACGGUGCGAGUCGAGGACCAAAGCACUCGAGGACUACCGCGGCCCGCAGGAUAACACAAUGAUUGCGAGGUUUGAGGCAACAGGUCUUUACCACUUACGAGACUGUUUUCUGAAGAGGAUGAACAAGAACCUCAUGCUAGCUUUCGUGGAGAGGUGGCAGCCGGAGACGAACAGUUUCCACAUGCCAUGGGGCGAGAUGACGAUACGCUCCACGAUGUCGCUUUCAUCCUGGCGUUGCGGCUGGACGGACCAGCAGUGUCUGAAAUUCGCCCGGUAG